AUGGCAUCAUCUAUCCGAAAAAGAUGCUCGAGCAGUGCUAUUUCUGAAGAAUCCUCGACGCGACUAUUGAAGUACUUCAAAUCCGAUAAGCUGAAAGACUGCAAGAACUUGGAACUAUUCUUAUCUAAUGCUCCUCAUGAGCUGAUAAUACAGAUUUUGGCACAUUUAUCAAGGAAUGAUAUCAUAUGUUUAGCUUCAACGAGCAAAUCAAUAAGGAAAGCAUUGUUACCUUAUAUUUUUGAUCAAGUGAAGUGCGCUUGGCACGAUAUGUUAGCAUCAUGGAAACAGCCCGAUGGAACCUCGGUGCCCAUCCAAAACCCCGAAUUGAUAGAGAAACUCCGAAUUACAUCAGUGUGCUCUAAAAAUGAGUGGACUUUUCCUUUUCAUGAGUUGUUUUCUGCUGACAAGUCUAUAAACAAGAUGAAAAACCUUAGGAGUCUGGAACUUCCUACGUCAGGUUCAACCAAUUUUCUCAAAUACUGCCAGAGGACGACAAAUCUUAAUUCACUUGAUCUUCAUGCUAUUAAAGGAGAAUCUAUUUUCAGUUUGGAGCAUGUCAAGUCAUUCCCCUCGUUGACACGCCUAAAACUCACCAAUUACCAUAUAGAUGAUUUUGAUGAAGAUCCAAAUAUAUGUCCUCAUUUACAAAUGCUGCAACUAGAAAACUGUACAUGGUGUUAUCCUUUCAAUUUGGAAAAUUUUGGGAAAAAUAAAAUCACCACUCUCAAUCUCACCUAUUCUACAGCUUUCAUAAUGAGUGAGAGAUUCAGAAGUUUUUUAACCUCGCCAGGGUUCACGAAACUUGAAGAACUAACCAUUGUGAAUAGCGAAAGAAACUUGAAGCUAACGAUUUCGCUGCAAAUAAUGAAUCUUAUCAAUGCUAUGCCUUCUUUGAAAGUUGUUAAGUUGGCGGGAAACAUUUACAAUGAAACUCUGAAUAACUUCACAGCGUUUGAUUUGGACAAUUGCAUAAACUACGUUGCACUAAAUGACGUGAAAGUGUUUUAUUCCAGUUUCCUACGGGAUUUGGGCUAA